AGUCAACAAGGUUGAUAGUUGUGAAGCUCUAUUCUCUCUCUGGCUGGUUUGGACUUUUUAAAGCAGUAGGUGAAUUUGAAUAUUUGGCCAUUUAUCUAUUUAGCCUCUCCCUCUCAUAGUCUUUCAAACCAUAUAUAGACCAUUUCACCAAUUCAUCUCCUCUAAAAGUCUCAUUCUUUUAAUUUUUUUUUUGUUUCAUACACAUCUAGCUCCUUGCUUCAUUCAUUUCACAACUACAAGACAACUACAUGCUUGUAGUUUUUGAAUCUAAGAAACCAACACCAAUAUUGUUUAUCAGCAAGAAUGACUGUCAAGAAAAUCACGUGGAGAUCAAUAAUACCAACAUGUUACAAGUCUGAAGUCCCCUCAUCCAAGACCAAGAAAGUGUGCUCAAAGCAAAAUUCAUUUCAACGGAUUUCACUCUCCGAUUUGAGUAACCCGAAUUCAAUUUUUUCCGAGGACAUCUCUAUAUCUCUUGCAGGGUCUAAUGUGCAUGCGUUUACGCUUAUGGAGCUAAAGGUUAUCACCCAGAAUUUCUCUUCAACUAAUUUUCUUGGUGAAGGUGGGUUCGGACCCGUGCACAAGGGUUUCAUUGAUGACAAACUUAGACCUGGUCUAAUGGCUCAGCCCGUGGCUGUCAAGCUUUUGGACUUGGAUGGCUUACAAGGCCAUAGGGAGUGGUUGACAGAAGUUAUUUUUCUGGGGCAGUUGAGGCAUCCACACCUUGUGAAACUAAUUGGAUAUUGUUGUGAAGAGGAACAUAGACUACUCGUAUAUGAAUAUAUGCCAAGAGGAAGCUUAGAGAAUCACUUAUUCAGAAGAUAUUCUGUAUCACUUCCAUGGUCAACAAGAAUGAAAAUUGCUCUUGGAGCUGCAAAGGGCCUUGGAUUUCUUCAUGAAGCGGAAAAACCUGUUAUAUAUCGAGAUUUUAAGGCUUCAAACAUCUUGUUAGACUCAGAUUACACAGCAAAACUCUCAGAUUUUGGGCUUGCAAAAGAUGGUCCUGAAGGAGAUGAUACACACGUUUCCACUCGUGUUAUGGGCACCCAAGGCUAUGCUGCUCCCGAAUACAUCAUGACUGGUCACUUAACAGCAAUGAGCGACGUCUAUAGCUUUGGAGUAGUACUCUUAGAGCUUCUAACUGGAAGAAAGUCAGUAGACAAAAAUCGUCCUAGCAGAGAGCAAAAUCUAGUAGACUGGGCAAGGCCAAUGUUAAAUGAUUCCCGGAAACUUGGCAGAAUUAUGGACCCAAGAUUGGAAGGACAAUACUCGGAAGCCGGGGCUCGAAAGGCGGCUGCAUUGGCAUAUCAAUGCCUAAGCCACAGACCAAAGCAAAGACCAUCAAUGAGUACUGUGGUUGAGACUUUGGAGCCCCUUAAGGAUUAUAAUGAGAUCCCCUUUGGCCCAUUUGUGUACACGGUUCCGUCUGAAAAUGGUUUAAAUGAGGAACAUGCUAAAGAAUUGGAAGGACAAAAGGAAUUGAAAAGAGAAUCCCAAAAGAAAGAGAAUGGGCACCAUCAUGGUCAUAAGCGUCAACAUAGAUCAUCAAAGUCACCGAAAAUUCACUCACAAACCGAUAUGCGCCAAAAUUGUAGAGAUCAUCAAGGGAUGCACUCUCCUUUACACCAUAUGGGCAGGGCAGCAUAGACCAAUAGUAAUGUAAAAAUCAUACUGUAAAUGUAAAUACAGGUUUGUUCAGGGUUUCCUUCAUAUUGCAUAGUUUGUCACUUUAUUUUUUUAGGCCAAGUGUAAGGAUUUUUGUUUGGAAAGAAGAACUUUUCUUUAAUUGAUUUUUUUUUUUUUCAAAUGUGUACAGGAAGUAUUGUUUUUGAAUUGUAUGUGAAAUGAAGCAGCGUUAUAAAUG